GGUGUUUGGGAGGAAGGAAGAGGGGGAGAGAGAGAGGAGGUGGAAAUUGUUUGGGACUCGGAAUUGCGGGGCCUGCUUCCCUCACGGCUUUUGGCCCGAAAGGCCCGGCCCGGCCAUGAGUUGCCGGGGAGCGCUGGCGAGCGAGCGAGGAGCGCGGCAGAGGAAGAGGAGGCGAAAUGGCACAGAGGAGGAUGGGCCCAUCCCACAAACAAAACGGAACAGCCGAAAUGCUGUUUUUCAGGAUUCCUGGGAUACAGAGUCCUCCAGCAGUGAGAGUGGAAGCACCAGUAGUUGCUGCAGCAGCAGCAGCAUAAGCAGCCCUGACAGAGCUAGUGGGCCAGAAACCAGCUUACACCAGAUAAUGCCUGGAUCAAGUCCUGUGACACCUCCUCAGUCUUUCCAUGAGCAGUCUGCACUAUGCCAAGGUCCCUACUUCCACAUCAACCAGAUCCUGAAGGAGGCGCACUUCCAUAGCUUACAGAGCAGGGGCCGUCCUCCAACAUGAUGAGCCGGGCAGUUCCCUGCCUUCUGUGAAGGGGGACAGCACUGUGUGAUGAGAUAUUUCAACUUAAAAGUUUGUUAAAAUUGCACAAAAUGCCUGUUGCCUUUUCAGUCUGUAUUUGGAAUAACAGGUUAACAGGCAAUUGUUUACUUGUGGUUUGCUGCACUAUUGCAAUGCAAAAGGGGCUUUGGAGCAAUUUUUAUAGGAUUCUUUUUUGGGGGGUGGAAGGUGGAUAUCUUUGACAUGUCACAAUGGGUUUAAGAAUCCACCUCUGUAUUAUAGGAGUGCAUAAUGAGUACAGUUUAACUUCUUAAUCUGUUCAUUAGUAACUGAUGCUUUAUGUAAGAUCCCUUCAAACAUUUGUGUUCAGUUUUAUAAGUCUUUUUUAAUUUCAAUAAAUAGUGGAUAUGUUUUUAUGGUAAAUUAA